CGUGGGAGACUCAAAACAAAACGAAAGCUGUCAACAUGGCGGAAGUUUAUGCAAGAAGAGUCAUUUUCCUCGCCGUUUUUUUGACUUUAUGUUUCCUUCAAGAAGGAAACAGUACCCAGGAAUGGCUUAAAGAAGACUUUCCGAACCCUACAAAAGAUCUUGGAUCUUGUGGUCGUCGAGGAGAAGUGUCUUGGAUCUGUGAUCCAGACAAGGUUCUCAACUACGAGACCGCCAACAAGGUCGAGGAGCUGCUGUAUUCCGUCGGAAAAAAUACUGCUUCAGGGUGCAGUAGCGAUAAAAAACCUGGAUUUCAAAUCGGUGUUGCUGUUUUAAAAAAAAUGCGCAGGAUUCCAGGGGAAUCCGUGGAAGAAACAGCGGAGAAAUUCACCAAACACUUACAUGACAGCUGGGGGGUAGGCCAUGCAGGCUGUGAUGACGGCGCAAUGUUGUUGCUUUCCAUUCUUGACCGCCAGGUGUACGUAUCUACAGGAAAAAAGGCCAUGGAAUUGUUGUCAGAUGAUCAGAUCGACAUCAUUAUUGAGGAAAUGAAGGUAUACCUGCGAGGUAAAGAUUAUGACAAGUCAGUGGAGCUUGCUGUUGUGCGGAUGGGCGAAGUGUUCAGCGGAAAAGUUCUCGAGCGUCCGUUCGACUACGGUCUAAUUAUUUUCUGCGCAUUUUUAAUCGCGGUGGUGGGCGCUGGGCUGUAUAUUGGGCACCAACAAGAGCAGGAGCGUGAAAAGUGUACCAGGAAGCUGAAGAGAAUCCAAGAGGAAAGAGAUAGAGCCAAUCAGUCUCAAAAGUCUUAUGAGAGCAAGUCCUGCCCCAUUUGCUUGGAAGAAUUUCAACCAGAAACAAAAACCAGACUGUUGGCUUGUGGCCACAAGUACUGCGAACCUUGCUUGACAAAGUGGCUGGAGGACCAUGCAACCUGCCCCAUUUGCCGUCAGUCAGCAGACAGACGCGGAGAUGAAGGUGGCGCCUGUCAUACUUAUGACUUCACGCCCGAGCUGCAGUUCCGACUGAUGAUGCUUCAGCUGCAGCACCCUUCAUUCGUCACACAGACCAUGGUGAACAGAUGGGGAAGUAACAGCUACACAGGUAGCUUUGUUUCUGAUCCCAUUUUUGUCAGGUCCUCCAUGGUCGGUGGUGGUAGUUUUGGCAGUGGCGGUGGAUUUGGAGGUGGUAGCAGUGCUGGUGGUGGUGGCAGGGGUGGUAGCUGGUAGAAAUCACUGCCUUCCUUGUUACAAGGCAUCAUGUAAAUAUUCUUGGAAAAGGAUGGACAUAAUCAUUACAUAUCCAUAAAGAAAACACUAGUUGAGUUAAGGCAAAUAUAAAACUCAGAAUUACUGUGUAAGACUUUACUAGCUAAUCUUAACUAUUGUCACUUUUGAGUGUCCAGGAGCACUGGAUGUUGCUUUUAGAGGUAGAGUUUAGUAUUUUUCUGCCUCCAGUUGAAACUCCAGAUCUGAAUGUGUGAAAUGCAAGGCUUUCCUUUUUGAAUAACAAUGCAAAUGUAGUAUUUGAAUUGAAAUUCAGAAAUUGAAGAAGUGGAGAAAUGACCAAAAUUGCUUGGGAAGUUAAAUUAUUGAUAAAUGAUUGUUUGGUGGUGGAAAUCAAAGUUGCCAUUGAUGUAGGUAGCUUGCCUAUCACCCAGUAGACAGAAAAUGAAAUCCUCAUGUCUUGCAUCCAAUUCAAAGGCAUGUUUAGAAGAAUUGGCCAUUUGUAGACUAGAGGGCACUAAAAAGUAGUGUCUGCACCUUGUGCAAGCAUGUUUACAAGUAUUUUAAAAUUAAAUUAUGUUGUGCAUUGACUUAGGGCUAAAAAUGAACUCCAGUGCUUAGUAGCAGGGCGCAUGUCUGCACUUAAUAUUCUUACUGGCCCAUCUGACAAAUUAAGUGUCCGCAAUUACCACACAUAAAGAAAACCCCAUUGACUUAUUUGUCCUUUCGGAAAACUUUUGUUGAAGCAAUACCAUUUCAAAUGCCACUUAGAAAACACUGGAUAAUCUUUUUCUGUUUUAUUGAAGUGCUUGAUGAAGUAUGUAACUACAUGUUGUAGUCCCUUGUCUUGUAAUUAAUGUUACAUUAAAGCAGUGUUGAACUUUUGAUUGUUAGAAAUUCAGGGUGGUCACUGGCUGGUCAUCAGAUCUUUUCAUGUCUGUAAAUGAGAUGGCAUAUCAGUAGUGUACUUGAGUCAGGCUUUUAGCCAGGAUUUGAAAAGUGGCUGUCUAAAAUGUGCUAUAGGGCCUGCUCAAAUGAACAAUUAAUAGGGAAACACAUGAAAAAUAAAAUGAUUUUCUUUAAUAAUUGGCCAUCCACAGGAUACCUGGACGGCCAUCUGGCUAAAAGCCUGAUUUGAUUAUAAGUUUAGUAAUUAAGAGCAGUUUUGAAACUGAAGGAGUAUAUUUGACUUCAAUGAAUGCAGACACAUCAUGCGAAUUUACACACUCUACACACAUAGAGGUGUGGUUCUAGCCUCAGCACGUGGAGGGUAAAAAUUAAGAGAGCGGUUGUAAUUCCAGGGCCACAUAUACAUCCUUGAGGGGUGGGUGGGGUGGGGUGGGGAACUCAAACAGUCGUACAAAAUUUAACCAGUUAGCAAGGGAAAAUCCCCAGAUUAAAGUUUUGUGAAUGAAGCUGAGUGGCCAUGGGUGUCUCAGUGAGCAAAAACAGCUAUAGAACAGAUAUUUCAGGGAACAAACUUGUUACGUGGAAAUGUUUGUCAAUUCUAAAUACAUUAGUUUAUUAGACACCCUAUAGAUAACUGUGCAAAAGGUACAACUUGAACCUUGAACACUUCAAGAUCAACUCAGCCUUCACCUUGAGUGAAUCAAGAUGUAGAUUACCUCUUACGUCUUGCUGAAACUCUCUUGGAACUAUUCAAAUAAAAGCUAUUGAGCAGUAUUUCAA